CGCCCCUCGCCAUUAUCUUUUAGCAAGAUAUCCUGAUUCCUUUUCCCUGUUUCUCUAUCUCUUGUACAUUUCAUUCUCUUUUUAUAAUUGCCAUGCCCGUGUUGUCUGGGCAAUAACAUCUUUAAUCCCGGCUUCAUACAGAUACUCCCAAACAAAGGACUUCCAACCACACCCAACUUCCCGGGUUUCCUGGAUUCGACGUUCAUCAAGGCUGAGCGAACCAAGAAACUUCACAAUGUGGGGUACUAAGAACAAUCAAUCGGAGAACGGCCACGAGGCACACAGAGAAAGUGGCGAUGGGGCUGCUGCUAGCACAAGAAGUGGGCGAAGUGGUGGAGCUCAAUCAAGAAGAAGUCUCGAGACGCGGGAUGAACCGAAUGAGCGAACCAGAUUGCUCGACCGACAGCGACCACCACCCAAUUCAGAUGGUUAUUUGGAUCCUGAUGAUCCUGCUGUGUCUCCGUACAACCUGUGGUCCGUCCGAUUCCUACGGUAUUUCACCGUCUUGUUCCUCGUCAUCUCCUGCUUGUGGUGGACGCUUCUACUCGUAUCCAUCUUUGUAUCUCCCCCAGGCAUGCACAGCCGCGGAUCAGGCUUCUUCGAUUUCGCAUACACCUGUUUGACAAUCGGGAACCUUCUCGUGGCACUCAUCUUCUUUGCUGCGCCCGCCAAAGCUCUUCGCAUCACGACCGCCAUCAUAUCCGGUUUCCUCCUCAUCAACAUGAUCAUGAUUCUCGCUGUACCGCGUGUACGAUUGGAAGAAGGCUGGGUAGGCAUCGCAUCAGUAGUCUGGGCAUCCAUAAUUGCACUAUGGUGUAUCAUGACCGACCGUGUUGUGGCUUGGGGCAAGAGAGAAGAAGAAGAACGUCUCACCGGACGGCCUGAAUCCCGCCGAACACUGAAGGAAUGGCUCGCGGUUCUCGUAGCCUCUGUCAUCACCGUCAUCUUCGUCCUUAUCGUGAUUCUCAUGACUGGCACAUUAGGAAUCCGUGCUCGAGACGCGACCCUCCCAAUGUAUGGCGACCGUAUCCUGGUCGAUGGCGACAAAUACGCCGUUCAUCUCGCCUGUGUUGGAAAUGUCUCCUACACGCAUGGCAAAAAGGACGCAACCAUGAUUCUUGAAGCUGGUGAAGGGCCCUCCGAGUACGACUUCGAACACUGGGCAUACAACGCACAACAAAACGGCACCGUCUCACGCUACUGUUACUGGGACCGCCCAGGCUACGCAUGGUCCGACAACGCGCCCUCCCCACACUCUGCAGGCAUGUCUGCAGAUGCUCUCUCCGAGGCGCUGGCUAAAGCUGGCGAAGAGGGCCCUUGGAUCCUGGUCGGCGCUGGCACAGGUAGUGUCGUUAGUCGGAUCUUCAGCUCGCGCCACCUCAAGCAAGUCACGGGAAUCAUGCUCAUUGACCCCAUGCAUGAGGACCUACUCCAUCGGAUCGGGAGCCCUGGUCGUGGCUUCAUCUUGUGGGCCUGGGGCAUCAUUUCUCCGCUGGGCUUCGAGCGUCUCGGCGGCGCCCUUUUCAAAGGUCGGACCAGAGAAGAUCGCGUCUACGGCCGUAACGCGUACCAGGGCGGGAAAUACAUCAAAGCGCAGCUUCAGGAGAAUCUUGUCGCUGACUCCCUUUCCAAGAACGAAGUUGUCUCGGCGCGGAAUAUCCAGAGUAGCGAGACUCCGUUGGUUAUAAUCAGCAGCGCGAUUGAGACUAGGAGGGAUACCGAAUGGGAGAGGAAACAGAAGGAUCUGACGAAGCUUACAGAGAAUCUAGUCGCGUGGGAUAUUGUUAACAAGGCUCCCCACGAAGUGUGGAGGACCCUCGAGGGACGGGAUGCUAUGGAUAAGAGGUUGGAAGAAUUGGUCAAGGCCGCCAGGAAAGUUCAGAUUUCAGCCGAUAUCGAGUAG